CGCGCCUACGUUUCUUCUAUAAAAUCCAUUCUUCAACUAAUUUUCUCUCUCUAACAUGCAAGUUCCUUCAAUGGGGGCCGAUUCAUGUUCUUGAUUCCUUCAAUUUCCAUUUUCAGAUUCUUAUACUUCUUUCUUUUGGCUUCCUUCAUUUGGGGAAGAAGAAGAAGAAGAAGAAGAAGAAGAAGAAGACGAUUCGACGAACAGAGAUUAUGAAGAACGAAGACCAAGUUCGGACUCUGUUUGGGAUUUCCCUUACUGAUAGGCCUAAAUGGCAUCAGUUCCUCAUUUGCUCUUCUGGAUUUUUCUUUGGCUACUUAGUCAAUGGAAUCUGUGAGGAAUAUGUAUAUAACAAGCUGCAAUUCAGUUAUGGAUGGUACUUCACAUUUGUUCAAGGAUUUGUGUAUCUGUUUCUGAUUUAUCUCCAAGGCUUCACUGCAAAGCAAAUGGUGAACCCUUGGAAGACUUAUGUCAAGCUUUCUGCUGUGUUGAUGGGUUCCCAUGGCCUUACCAAAGGCUCUUUGGCCUUUCUUAAUUAUCCUGCUCAGCUUAUGUUCAAAUCUACAAAGGUUUUGCCAGUGAUGAUAAUGGGUGCCUUCAUACCCGGCCUCAGGCGAAAAUAUCCAGCUCACGAAUACGUUUCUGCUGUACUUUUGGUUGUGGGUUUAAUCAUCUUCACUUUAGCAGAUGCACAAACAUCUCCAAACUUCAGUAUUCUCGGCGUGGUCAUGAUAUCGGGCGCACUAAUCAUGGACUCGUUUCUUGGUAAUCUGCAAGAAGCCAUAUUUACCAUGAAUCCUGAAACCACACAGAUGGAGAUGCUCUUUUGUUCGACUGUCGUCGGCUUGCCUUUCUUGAUCCCACCCAUGCUUUUGACGGGUGAAUUGUUUAAAGCAUGGACUUCAUGUUCUCAGCACAAGUACGUAUACGGUGUGUUAGUUUUUGAAGCUAUGGCGACCUACGUUGGCCAAGUCUCUGUUCUUUCACUCAUUGCCCUAUUUGGGGCAGCUACUACAGCCAUGAUAACAACCGCUAGAAAGGCAGUGACAUUAUUGCUAUCUUACUUGAUAUUCACGAAGCCAUUAAGUGAACAACAUGCGACGGGUCUGCUGCUCAUAGGCAUGGGGAUCACGCUGAAGCUUUUACCUGAUUACAAGCCCAAAAACAGAGCCGCUUCAAAUGCUAAGACUUCAAGACCACCUGCUAACAAGGACAAUGAAAUGGCUCAUCAAAUAGAAAUUGGAAAAGAUGAAGAAAGAAGGCCAUUGGUCUAAAUUAGGAUCUUUUUUAUUGUUAUUUCCCUUCCCCCCAAAUUUCAUGUUAUAAAUGUAAGAAGGAUGCACUCUCAACUAUACAAUUUCAAUAUAUUGCUUCUCCACAUGGGUUGGUUUUCA